ACUUCAGGACGCAGGAUACAGAGAACGACAUGCCGGGCAACAAGAUGUCCCUAGCGUACCCAUCUAUGGUAGGCGGGAACCCUGGGAAGAGCGUGAUGACGCAAUCCUUCUGCAUGAAGUCUGACGUCACAGAUGACGGUGACCCUGUCACGUGGCCCGCUGGCGAAUACUGUAUUUAUAGGUACAAGGGAUCAUGUCCUAAAGACUUCGACGUCGGAUUCAUCCAAUGGGACGAUGAAAACACCAACAACAAAAACAGCCGAUCUGGAGAACUUCCAGACGGUUUUUACGGGACAAACACACAGAUCGAGUUCUGCUGCCGGACUGACGGCAAAUGGUCUGAUGACGUCACUCUUCCGACAGCAGAACCCUUCCUCCUUUUACAGAAGAACCCCACGGACUGUCAGCGGGUAGCAGGCAUGGAUGCGAGCCAGACGUGGUUUCAGUGGGACACGGAAGACGAGACGCGCGGCGCCAGCUCAGCGGGAUCUGUCCCUUAUAACGGAGUCACGAAGGACGGGGAGGUUAAGCUUCACUACUGCACUUAUUUUCCUUCUAAGCGUCGAUGAUCUCAUUUCGACCCUUUUUUCUACAAAAUGCUCAUUUCUUUUAUUAAUCUUUAAAAACGGUCUUGUUUUCAUUUACUCGCGCGUGUAGCAUCGUCUCUUUCACAAUAAUAGCGUUAGUUCUGAAAAAAGGUUCGUAAUCUUGAAUGAACUGGAAAUCGGUUCGAAUAUUACGAAACUUCACGGUAUGUAGGCGUCUUGAUCAACAGAGGUUGUGCAUCAUGCAGCACCACAAAUCAAAACUUUAGUAUCGAUCUGCCAUAGAUUGAAACAGUAAACAAAUUUCAUCAAAAUUUUCCUGGUUAGUAUUGAUUUUAAUAAAUAAAUUAGUUAAUUGAUAAUAAGAAUGUAAAUGGUGGUGUGAAAGGAAUGACAGUCUGCUAGGAACCGUAGAGACGGUUUCACUUUACCUAUAUAGGCGACUUUCGCCUUGUACAUUUGUAUUUAGCCGGAUAUUACCGGUCUACCCUUUUAAUCGUAUGAGAUCCCAGACUUCCAUUCUAUUCCUGGGACUAGCAUUCCCUCCACACCGGCAUACUUUGUUUUGUUAUUACCGCGCAAACCCGAAAAAUAUACAUUCUAUUUUCUGUUGGAAAAGUACGUCAUAUUGGAAUAAUGCCGUGACGGUAGUUAGCAUCGAGUAUUUUUAGAUAAGCGAUGCAUGAGAAUUCUGUGCCGGGAAAAGUGCUAAUAUUAGAUUUUCUUUAGGACCAUACUUCAGCCUAUAGCUAUUUUAAACCAUGGCCAGUCACUCUAGUAAAUCAACCUUUUCAAGUUUCAAGAGCAUGAUAGUAUAUAAUUUUUUCUCGCGUUUAAAUAUCAACUUACCUCAGAUUUUUUAAUGUUUUAUAAUUAUCAUAUUAUUACCAAAUGUGUAAAAUGCGCGUGAAUUUAAGCACAAAGUCUUUUGAUAAUGUCGAAGAGGUAAUUGUUAGUUUAAGGUAAAAGCGGCGAAUUGUUGUCAGAAAAUUCUCCCUGUCAUCGGUUCCCCCUGGUGCCACAUGUAUUUACAUUACUUUUCUCGCUAGAGUCGAAAUAUACAAGAUAUCCUGCUCAAUUCUCGCCCAGCAACAGGGAUGUAUUGUUUAACAUGUUCACGUUCUAGGAACUGCAAUACGUAUAGUCACACCGUUAUCAACAGCGAGAUAUCUCGCUUUUCAGUGGUGAGAUAUCUCGGUUUUAAGCGUCGUUUUUGUCAAUGAGAGGUGAUAUAAUCCGCAUAUUGCUUAUUUUUUGCAUUUUUAUCUUGAAGACGUACGUUAACAAAUAUGUUUUG